AUGAGUAUUCCAGCUGAAGAUAUCUGGCAUGACGAAGGACUUAAUCUCGAUUUUCAUUUCAAUGAGCAAGGUUUUUUCGUUGAUAAUGAAGGAAAGCGCAUUUUAGACCAUCCAAAAGGCUUCCAAAACAAUGAUUUAUUUGGUGAUUGGCUUCACGCGUAUGUUGAGCGCCAAAUGACAAAGGAAGGCCUACUUAGCAGACUUAUUCCCGAAGAUAACGGCAGUCCAAUUUGGUAUACACCUGGGGCAUUCAACCAGGCAGAUAAAUUACUUGUAAUUAUCUGUGGAUCUGGCAGAAUCCCUGCUGGUCUCUUGAGUGUUGGUGUAUGUGCAUACCAUGGUUUAGACAUGGGCUCCGAUUUACCAUGGAUUCGCUGGGCAAAGUCACGAAACAUGGAAGUAGUCAUCUUAAAUCCAAACCAUAUUGGCUAUAGACAACUUAAGAAGAAAUAUAAUACAUAUGGCUCUAGUGAACACUGCCUUGCUGUAUUUGAAGACUUAAUAAUUCCAUCAUCUCCAAAUAACGUUUACGUUCUUGCCCAUUCUAUGGGAGGUGAAUGCGUUUGCGAUAUUUGCAAUAAUUUCCAAGAAUGGUAUAUCCAACACGUUAAAGCUACAGCAUUAACAGAUGCAGUCGAAGAUGUAAUUAAAAACAAAACAGGAUUUACUCACAACUACUUAAAGACACGCAUGAUUGACUGGGUCGGAUCUUCUGAAGAAGGAAAUACAAAACUUCCUCCUUCAAAACUUUGCGCACACAGAUCUGCUGGUACAAAAGACCAUCCACUUACAACAGGAAAGGCAAAGGACUAUAUUAUCGAAUGGUUUGAAAAACUUGGUGCUUAA